UGCCUCCAUUCAAGAUGUGCUUUUGCGCGUUUUCUCUUCUCUGUUGUGGUCUUCUUCUUUUGCUCAAGGGAGCUCGUCCUUUUUGGCUCUCCAUUGCCCCUUUUGGGCAGGGGAAAGCUUUCAUUCCCGUCCAAUCGUGGGUUCCAUCCUGACCACCUUUGGCUGGGUGUAUAUAAUUUUUGAGUUUUCUUUUAUGUGGUUCUUGCAGUUCUAGCAGUCUAUGGAGGAGUAUGCAGCCUGUCUAUAAAUGUUGAAGGAUGCUUGUUGCAGUCUGCAGAGCUAGUCAUAGGCCACUCUAAAAGCAAAAGAGAAGAAGAGAGAGGGAGAGAGAGAGAUGGGAAGUCAAAGCAAUGGGAACUCUAACUCUUUCAUCAAGAUGCCAGCAAUAAAGUUUACGAAACUUUUCAUCAAUGGAGAAUUUGUUGAUUCAUUUUCAGGGAAAACAUUUGAGACAGUAGACCCGAGAAGCGGAGAGGUGAUAGCAAGAGUUGCAGAAGGAGAUAAAGAGGACGUUGAUUUGGCUGUGAAGGCUGCACGCCACGCUUUUGACAAUGGUCCAUGGCCUCGCCUGUCUGGUUUUGCAAGGGGAAGGAUCAUGAUGAAAUAUGCAGAUUUAAUCGAAGAACGUAAGGAAGAAUUAGCUGCACUGGACACAGUUGAUGCUGGGAAGUUGUUCAGCUUGGGGAAAACCAUGGACAUUCCUAACGUAGCAAACGUUUUACGAUACUAUGCAGGUGCAGCAGAUAAAAUUCAUGGACAAGUAUUGAAAAUGUCAAGCGAGCUUCAAGGGUAUACUCUGCAAGAGCCAGUUGGUGUUGUAGGCCAUAUCAUCCCUUGGAAUUUCCCUAGCACCUUGUUCUUCGCCAAGGUUGCCCCAGCAUUAGCCGCUGGGUGCACCAUGGUUGUUAAACCAGCUGAGCAAACACCCCUUUCUGCUCUCUAUUAUGCUUAUUUAGCUAAGCAGGCUGGUAUUCCUGAUGGAGUGAUCAAUGUGAUAAACGGAUAUGGACCGACGGCCGGUGCUGCCAUUUCUUCCCAUAUGGACAUUGAUAAGGUAAGUUUUACAGGAUCGACUGAAGUGGGUCGAAAAGUAAUGCAAGCUGCAGCAACGAGCAAUCUGAAACAUGUUUCACUUGAAUUGGGAGGCAAAUCACCUCUCUUAAUAUUUGAUGAUGCUGAUGUAGAUACAGCUGCUGAUCUUGCUCUCCUCGGCAUCCUCUUUAACAAGGGAGAGAUUUGCGUGGCAAGUUCAAGAGUUUAUGUCCAAGAAGGGAUUUAUGACGAAUUUGUAAAGAAAUUGGCAGAGAAAGCAAAGCAAUGGGUGGUAGGGGAUCCUUUUGAUCCUAACACUCGCCAGGGUCCACAGGUGGAUAAACAGCAGUUCGAUAAAAUUUUGUCUUACAUUGAGCAUGGCAAAAGAGAAGGAGCCACCUUGUUAAUAGGUGGCAAGCCUACUGGAGAAAAAGGAUACUAUAUUCAGCCUACUAUUUUCACUGAUGUUAAGGAGGACAUGUUGAUCGCCAAGGAUGAAAUUUUUGGGCCUGUAAUGUCACUGAUGAAGUUCAAGACAAUGGAUGAGGCAAUCAAGAGUGCAAAUAAUACAAGAUAUGGGCUGGCAGCUGGGAUUAUAACCAAGAAUUUGGAUGUGGCUAACACAGUUUCAAGAUCAAUAAGAGCUGGUAUCAUUUGGAUCAAUUGUUACUUUGCAUUUGAUAAUGAUUGUCCUUAUGGAGGAUACAAGAUGAGUGGGUUUGGAAAAGAUCUUGGAUUGGAUGCUCUGCAUAAGUAUCUGCAAGUGAAGUCUGUGGUCACUCCUAUUUGUAAUUCUCCUUGGCUCUGAACAUGUUUACGGUGAAUUAGUGUUGAUUUGGAGAAUGGGUUGAAUCGUCUUUUAAUGAGCUUAUAAAAUAAAUUUUCAAUUUAAAUAUUGAUGUAUUAUUGGAUUGUCUCAUCACUCUCAUCUUAUAUGAAGAUAUUAAAUAAUUUAUCCAUCUUAGAUUUCAUUUUCA